GGUCGACACAAGAGGAACGCCACGUUUCCAGGCGGCCAGACAGCCAGCUUGCUGCAGUCAUCAACAACUAGGAAAUAUUCUGCGGACGCGUCGACGCUGCGCGACGUGGCGGACGGUUGCGGCGGCACCAGGACGCGUUACUGUUCUGGGGGCGCGACCACGUGGCCCGGGCCGAGGGUGCAGCCGCCGCAGCCCGAGAUACCCAGCCUCGCCGCGCCUGCGCCUAUUGACACCAAAGGUACACUUACAAUCAAAUUAAAAUUCAUCAUCAUCAUCAGAAGCAGAAUGUCCACUGCUGAGCAUGUGCCUUCCCCAAAGAUUUCCAGGUCGAUUUAUUGGAAGCGACCCGAGUCCAGCGAUCUCCUGCGACUAUUAUUAGGUUAUUUGUCCCUUGUGGGUGGACGUCCGACGUUACGCUUGCCAGUUCAUGACCUCCACUCGAGAACCUUCGUGCACUAUCGAAAAUCAAAAUUACUGUGCUCUAAAUAUGUAUUUUGCGUACAUAAUGAUUAUAACUAUACAUAACGUAUUUUUCUUGAUUAUUGAAACUAAAAAGCAUAGGUUCGACACUUACAUCGAUCUAAUAUUUUUCCAUUUAUUUGAAACAGAUCAGCAACAAAUUGCAGAACACACAAAUACAGAACGUAUUAGGUCGUAAUUCCUAAAACAAAUUAAACUUAGUUUAUGUUCCACGUACUUCACUAAAUGAAAUAAACG